UGAUCGUACAUCAUACCCAUUUAUAAACGUUAUGCCUGCCCAAGCAAAAUAAAGUGCCCUUUAAUACAUGUCCGCGUCGAAAGAAAAUCACUAUAUUUGAUGUACUAGCUGAGCUAAUAAUUGGCUUAACUUCUCAAGAUUGCACCAUGGCAAUGCUAAGAAUGGCUGUGUUCAUUAUUCUUGUAGCUUUCGCCUACAAUUAUUAUCGAUCAAAAAACAAAAACAAAUUGGCUGUACUUGAAGGCGUUCCUGACGACGUGUAUGAUUACGUCGUCAUUGGUGCAGGAUCGGCAGGUUCCGUACUAGCCGCGAGACUUUCCGAAGAUAAAGACUCUAAAGUGCUCCUGAUUGAAGCUGGUGGGCACUAUGAUGAAAGUGAAAAUUUCCAUAUUCCGCUUCUUUGGACCCUUUCUCAAAAGACUAAAUACGACUGGGAAUUCUAUACUGAGCCACAGACUCAGUCUUCACAAGGUCUCAAGGAUAAACGCGCGUUUUGGCCACGUGGAAAAGUUCUCGGUGGAACAAGCAUUCUAAACGCUAUGCAGUAUACGCGAGGCAGUCCCUUUGACUUUGACGAAUGGAAGGCUGCCGGUUGUGAGGGAUGGGGCUAUGAAGAUGUUCUGCCAUACUUUCUAAAGGCUGAGGAUAUACAAAUAACGGAGUUAGAAACAUCUAAAUAUCACAGCAAAGGUGGUCCUUUGGCAGUUUCAAAUGGACACAUAACACCUCUAACGGAUGUGUUCACAAGAGCCGGCCAAGAACUAGGAUACAACGUAACUGAUUACAACGGAGAAGAUCAGGAAGGAUUUAGCAUAGUUCAAAAGACAAUUAGAAAUGGGGUCCGUAGUAGUACUGGCCUAGAAUAUCUAGGUAGAGCCAAUGGAAGACAAAAUCUGCAUAUUUCAAUAAACACUUUAGCUACUAAAAUUGAAGUUAUAAAUAAGCGAGCUGUUGGAGUUUUCUAUAUAAAAGACAGCAAGAAAAGAUACGUAAAAGCCAGAAAAGAAAUAAUCUUAUCAGCGGGAGCUGUAAACUCGCCACACUUGCUUAUGCUGUCGGGAAUUGGUCCUGAAAAACAUCUAAAAGAGAUGAAUAUACCGCUGGUUGCUAAUUUACCAGUUGGGGAAAACCUACAGGAUCAUGAAAUGGUGUUUUUGUUCAGCGACAUUAACAAACCGUUCAGCGUGACGGUCGACAUGGCAACUAGCUUUUGGAAUUUAGCAAAAUAUUAUCUGUUUGGAGAAGGACCUUUGGCAUAUGCCGGACUUGACGGUUCAGCUUUUUUACAUCUUGACAAAACACAGAAAGGGAAAACAUACCCUGAUAUUCAAAUUAUUUUCUUUUCGUUUCUGUUUCGUGAUAAUAUCUUCAACUUUAACGAUGUAUUGGCAGAAGAACUUCUAGAAAAGGACGGUUUUAAGCAUGGUUUUACUACAGAUAUAUGUCUUACACGCCCAAAGAGUAAAGGACGUAUAACGCUUAAGAGCAAAGACCCUUUUGAUUAUCCAAAGAUCGACUCUGGUUAUCUUACAGAUAAGGCCGAUAUCAAGACAUUUCUUGGAGGAAUAAGAAUCUGGGAGAAACUCACGACCACUAAAGCUUUCCAAGACCUAGGUGUUAACAUCAAUCAGAUACAAAAGAAAUUCUGUUCGCAACAUAAAUACCGGUCGGACGAAUACUGGGAAUGCUUUGUCCGACAUUCCGCAUUGACAGAAUACCAUCAUUCGGGAACAUGUAAAAUGGGAGCAGCGAAUAAUCCAACAGCAGUUGUCGACCCUGAAUUGAAAGUGAAAGGUAUUCAAGGUUUAAGGGUUGCAGAUGCUUCAAUAUUUCCAAACGUCACCUCGGGAAAUACAAAUGCUCCCGUGAUAAUGGUUGCCGAGAAAGCGGCGGACAUGAUUCUUGGAAUUGACACGGUAGAUAAAUUUAGAUCAGAGUAACUUCUGAUGCAGCUUUAUUCAUUAGCAUGUAUGACAUCAAUAAAAUUACAAAAGAAAAUGUAUCUGUCAAAAAAGCUUAAUGCCAAAAGGCUAAAACACCAUUUAUUACAUGUCCAGAAUACAAUUGAUUGUAAUAAUUGCGGAAUUGAUACUGUACUUGUCAGAAUUACAUAAUAAAAAAUUAUGUAACUGCAUAGUCAUUUUUAACAAUUUUGCACUUUCAAUCAGUUUGAAACUUUGUGUCGGUUAGCUACUGCCGCAAAGUAUCUCACACUCAAAAUAAGUACACAUCAAGUUUAGUCAAUUAAACAACACAAUUUAGUAAAGACUGUUUCAAUAAAAGAUAUGUAUUACAAAUAUGUACUUUCAAGCAUAUUCAACCGUCGCUUGAUGUAACAAAGGCCGCACUGCAUUGUUUACUGUGGAAACGAUUAUUUUCAUUUUUUAAAGUGACAUUAUGCCCGUCGAAGGGUAAAUAGUGAGCGGACAAGUGAAAGUCAGAAUAAAGGUACAGUUUGCCAUUAUUCCAUUCAAUUUUGUGAUUUACUCCACAUGUACGAUCAAUUACAUACGUAGUUCAAUGAAGUUUCAGUAAAAAAACAA